GUAUAUACAGACUCCUUAUUGCCUUGCCCGUGACUUGCAGCAUCGUAGAAAUGAAGCAGAGUUUGUACGCAUGUAUAACCAAAAUAUAAAUAGCCAUCAAGUCUUUGCUUAACUCACUCGACAAAUUAGCUCAAGCCAAAAUGCCUUCUCCGCCCUAUGUGUUGAUGCUCAUGUGGGUUUCCACCUCAUCUCUCGUUGCGGCGAGCAUGAUUGGACCGAAAUGUGCAACCUCCGUGAAGGAAGGGCCAGAGUAUUUGAUCAACGACCAAAGCAAAGCAGUUCUGGUGCAUGAUUUGUGGAGCCAUUCAGGAAAUGAUUAUCCAUCACCAGCAGUGCGACAGAUGUCUUUUGAACCGCGUUUUUCUAGUGAUGACAGAAGCUCAGACCAUCAGAUGUUUGAUUACGAGAAACUCGACGAUCUACAAACACAACUCGAACUGCAAAGAAUAUUGGAUGACCACAAGUACUCUUACGAUGACCACGAAUGGUUCUGCGAACUCAGUGGAUUAUGGAACAGACCGCCGUCCUCAACGGUAUACCGGCAUCCUUGGGAAAGACCUUCUCCGACGCUCACACAAGACAGCACUCGCGGCUUUGAAGUCAAUGACAAAGACAAACCACCUCAUUUGUCCCAAGAUGUAAAUCAUUAUGAUAAAUCCCUCAUUUUUUCUGCAGGUCAAUCAGGAAAUCAAUCAAAGCAACUUGCUGAACAGUUUCCCCAGGAGGAUAGUGGCUUAGAGAAAGCAAGUAUUCCCAAGGCUUCACCUACAAGUGCCCUAACCAAAGGUCUUCUUUCUCAGUUCAAACCUUCAGACUCAGUGACAAGAUUACCUCAAGUUCUUGAUGAUAUUGCAAAGAGGACUAAACAAAACAAGAAAGAUGGAAAGGAGAAUGCUCCUGGUAGGGAAUCCUCUGAGGAGAGUUUGCAGAAUUCCAGAAGUGAAAAUUCAGAGCACUCUUCCCAGAAGAAAAUCCUCCAUGGAAGCUAA